CCCCAAAACUGGAUCAAAAUCAAUUCAAAAGGUGAUAUUCGUAAUCACCGUGAAAUUUUGCAUCGAAUGAUAUAGUUUUAAGUGAAAAAUAAGAACUUGCAAUUCUUUUGAAUUAGCGGCGCCUUAUCAUUUUUACGCUCAAAUAUUGCGAUUCGUCAAUUCGUCUUUAGACACUUAGUUCACACUAAUGACUCGGACGAGGCAAACAAAUAAAGAAAAGCUAUGAACCGCUAUCGUCCGAUAAAUUAAACAGCUAUUGAGCAAAAUUAGGUAGUAUUAAAUUAAAAUUUGAUGAUGAAAUCUCACUUAUGAAUUAUAGUACGUAGCCAACGGUUUCUCAUCGACAGCAAAAUAUUAAGGUUAUUACUUCAUAUUCGUCUUUUUUUGGAGAUACAGGAGUUAGUGCUGUCGGUGAUUUUGAUCAGUGCCCAGUUAUAGGUCAACGAUUGUAUGACAGCAAUAUCGAUCUGUUUCUAGAUCAUUUUGAUUUUUGUUGAAUUGAAAACAAACAUGCGUCGCAGUAAAGCUCCGAAAUUUCUUGGAUUUUUAAAUCGUCUUCGUGUAAAAAGUCAUUAUGAUAGUCGGACAUUACAUAUUUUUGCACGAAAUGAUCAAAUGAAUGAGCAUAACCAGAAAAUGUUAAAAGACCAUUGUAAAGAUAUAGUUGCGAUAUCACCAAUUAAGAAAACAAGCACAAAAUCAGAUCGUAUUACAUUAGACAUUCUUGAACUUGGUAUUGGUGCCGAAGUAAUGAUUACAAAAAAUAGUAAUAUACCUGAUGGUUUUGCAAACGGUAGUUUUUGUACAAUUAUUGCUUUCGUAUACAAUGACGAUGGAACAACAGUAGAAAAAAUUGUGUUGAAAUCACACGAGGCUCGAGUAGGUAUUGAACAUAGACAGGAAUGUGUUCAUUGUAGAGAAUUGAACAGUAUAUGUAUAGGAAGAACAAAUGUUGAAUCGGAUGAAAAUAACCCUAUGACUGGUCGAAGUCGAUUUUUUGGACAGCAGUUUCCGGUUAAACUAGCUUGGGCAGCAACUGUUGAUAAAAUACAAGGUUCUUCCACGAUCUUAAGACCUUGCGAGAUUAUACAGUAA